AAUUGUGUAUUAUACUUAAAUCGCAUGACUACAAUCAUUGAAAUAAUACUGUCUUAAGCAUUUUACGAUUAAUUUAGGCACAGUAAACGUCUAAUGCUCGAAUCGAUAAAAAAUAAUAUAUCACGAUCGAAAUUAAUAAAAUUGAAAGUAUCGAUCUACUUUGAUAAAUGAAAAACUUAGCUUUUAGUAUUUGAAGUAGUAUUGGAGUAAAAUGCUAGUGUCAGAGAGGAAUAAAAAUAGACUGAUAAAACCAACGCAUUCUGUCUUACCGAACUCAAUAUUCAAAAAAUCGUUAGAAAGCACGUGGGUGGUAGAUAUUUUGGUUAUGAAGUUCAGGCCUAGAAUUUCUAAUUUCGAACAGACUUCGUACAAGAAUUGCGUUUGCUUCGUUUUCCAAAGUUUGAACCCUAAUUUGUCGAUCUGAUGGAUUUGAUUUAUUUCUCUCAACAAUCACUAAAUAAUAUUACCGCUUUCUGAAAAAUCUAGGCAGCUUUCCAUGUCACUUUGAUUUGUAUACCCAUUUCUUAUGUCUGUGCAUUUUUCAUUCUGCUGGUUGUUUCAAGUCAAUCUUUACAGAAUUAUACGGAUAAUUUAUCGAUUUUUCAAGCCCGUUCUGUUUGUUUGUGAUAGUUAGUGUAAUAAAAUCGCUUAUGCCAUUUAAUAACUUUGGACAGAGUAUCCAGUUUAAUCAAAGAUACGCGGCCUUCUUUGAACGUUUUUAUGGUUUCAGAAAUAUUGCCGGAGAUUAGAUAUAGCAAUUUCUACGAAAUAAAUGCGCAUUAUACGUCGUAUAUCGUGUACGUUUAAUUCGUCGAAAUAUCUUUUAAGUACAUAUAUUUAUUCCUCGCUGUUGUUUAAAAAAAGAUGAUCUUCGUCUAAACGUUCCCCGCCAAUUAGGGUUGAUGAUGAUGUUUCCGUCUUUUUAAUUUCCACACGGUAAUAUUAUUAUCAUGGAAAGAUCAAGUUACGUUGAGAAAAUUAUAAUUCUCGCCUCUUGUCGCUUUUUUCACUAUAAAUACUCUAAUCAAUCGUUCAAUUACUCGGUACCAGAAAAGUCCAAUGAAAAAUAUUAGAAAUUUUAAGCAAAUAUAUGUUUUGCUCUUUGGCUUCUUAAUAUAUUCGCAGCUUUUGUUCUUGCCAGUAAAAACAUACGAUUAUUUCGAACAAAAUUAACGUUCACUUUUAUCCACAUAGAGUCACGAUUUUAUAUCACUUCACUUUUAUUAUUUUCAUCUCACUGUAAUUAUCAACUAUGUAGUAAUAUAUUUAACUACACACUAUUCGUCGGUAGUUGUUUCGUCGAAGAACAAAUUUCGUUCGAUUCUCGUAAAAAGAAGAAAACACUUGCACUUUGCACUAGAAGCAAAAAUCACGAAUCCUAUGCUACCCGACUAUGGAGAAAGGCAAUAUGUUUUAAAUGGUGAAUUUCUGGCAAAUCGAUAUAUCCUUUACAGUUUCAGCCGUCGACACUUCAAAACCAGCGAUUCUCGAUAUUUUAUACUUCACGUACUUUCUGCAUACUUGUACAAGAAUGGCAUAGAUAGAUAGAACUAUAGUCACAGGGAACAAUGGGAAUAAAAUAAAACAUCAAACAGUACUCGUAUGUAUAUACGCAUUAAAUUACGCCUGUUUAAAUCACAUACAUUCGUAAAUAGAAAAAUAAUAUAAACAUUUAAGAAAUCUUAUAAAAUUAUAAAAGGUUUAAUAAGCAGCUAAUACAACGAUUGCAACGUACUUUCAAAACAUUUCCCGCGUGUCUCUGGUUGAAAACCUGUCUUAAACGAUACUACUUGACAAUAUAUAUAUAUGUAUAUAUAUAUAUAUAUAUCGAUUUCUUUGUAUCAAUUACGUCACUAAUUUUUUCUAACGCAAUACAAUAUUACACCUUGGCCACGUCUUUGCACUAUCAGGACGCACAUCGUUCACGAUUAGUGAAACGUAGAAAAUACUCGUUUCACGCUUUUCCGCGGUUACCGUCUAGUGAAAUUGAACAAAAUCAUUGCCGGCUCUCCCCUAUCAAGCAACGCGAAACGCAACCAAGUUCGCGGGAUCCGAUGGUGGAAUCGACGACCAGCGGAAGCAGCAGCGACACAAACGAACCCGUUUGUGCACAGCUAUUGACGCAAUUGAACACAGCCUAUCAACAUCUUGCACCCGAUGCUCAAGCACUGUUUUACAAUCAGGAGAAUGGAGGAAAACCACCAUUGGUCGGGAUACAGCUGAUGGUACCGAAACCGUCGAAGGAUUAUCGCUUCAUGAAAUGGAACUGGCCACUCAUACGGAAAACAUGCUUCUGGUCUCUGAUGUCGGUGCUGGCUGCAUGCGUAGCGCUCGUCAUUGGUGUAAUCGUCACGAUGCCGAAGAAGUGCGACCCUCCAGUUCAAUGGUGGCAAGGUAGCGUCUUCUACGAAAUAUUCCCCGCAUCGUUUCAAGAUUCCUCGAAAGGAGGUGACGGUAUCGGGGAUCUUCGAGGCAUAACGAUGCGUUUGGAUUAUUUAAAGAAAUUAGGCGUACGUGGGAUCCGCUUAAAUUCGAUCUUCCCAGCAGCACACUAUCCUGAAUAUUACACAAACAUCGAGAACCUGACAGACCUGAAUAAAGAAUUAGGAACGUUGGAUGAUUUCGCCGUGCUUGUGCACGAGACUCAUCGUCGAAACAUGAGCCUCGUUCUAGAUCUGCCAUUGUAUCCCUUUGUAAAGUCUUUGUAUAACGAAACUGUGCCCUCUGAGAAGCCGAAUAAAACAGACAAAGCCGUACGUGAGAGAAGAGACGUUACCGAAACGACGAUUCUGCAGGAGGUAACGCCGACGACACCUUCCAUGUCGCUGCAAGCGAUUCGCGAAGCAUUGUCCUCGGUGCCACCUCCUCUGGAUACCCCGCAGCGUGAUCCUCUCACGUCGAAACACGUGAACAACGUGUUAGAGAACGGCAACGUGACAGGGGCUAUAAAAAUUUGGUUGCAAAGGGGAGUCGAUGGGUUUUACUUGAAAGGACUGGAACAUUACGUGGACGAAGGUUCCUUUGCCAGCAGCUUGAAACACUGGAAGUCCAUCGUAGGCUCUGAGAGAAUACUUAUUUGUCACGUGGAUGCUUUGAACGCUGCCAAAUUGGUUGCAGCGAAAAACUCUAUUUUAAUGAAUAUGGAUCUUGUGGAUGUUACGUUGCGCGUGGCGAAUGGCACGAAAGAGAUCAAGCGCCAAGUAGAGCAUAUUACAAAAGGUGUGUUGUUUAAAAAGCCGGGUUAUCCUUGGAUACACUGGUCCAUAGGCGGCGUGGACUUGAAACGAAUAGCCUCUACCAUUAACGUGAAGAAUGCUACCCAUGCUAUGACUUUGUUAGGGAUGAUGCUUCCGGGAACGUCCAGUAUAUUCUAUGGUGACGAGAUAGGUAUGUUGGACUGUGAAUGCAAAGAUCAUAAGGAUCUUGCUCACGUGCACAACUUAGCUCCUAUGUAUUGGGAGGACAUCGGCGGUUCUGAGAUUAAGUUUACAUCCGGCGGUGUCACGGCUUGGCUUCCGGAAUCUAGGAAACCGUUGGAGACUAGCUUGACUGGAACCAUCGCUAAAAUGGCUUCUCUCAGAUCGGAAACUACGCCAAUCUAUGUUAAAGCGGUGCUAAAGGAGAAUCAGGUGCUGGCAAACUGUAAUAUUAGGUAUGCAGAAGAUGAAAUGAUCGUGGUAGAACGAUGGUAUCCACGACGAAACUCUUACGUGUUUUUAGCGAACCUGGGCAACCAAACGCAAACAAAGGAUUUAUCCUUCCUUUAUUACGGUGGUCAUGUGGUAGUCGGCCCAUCGUAUAGAUUAAGCAAAGACGUAUAUUUCAAAGAACUUAUCAUACCUCCGGGAGAAGCUUUCGUUAUAAAGCUUGAUAAAUGAAGAUUUGUUACUGAAUUAAAAAUCAAUGCAGCGUUCAUUUUAUAUGUACGAUCAAGAUUUUAGCAUCUUUGAUUAAUAUGGUCAGCGUGAAUUUGUGAUAUUUUAUUUGAAGGACAUCGUUGACGUUGCGAACGUUGUACAACGAAUGUUUAGAUAUGUUUAGAAAGUUCCUAUUAAUAAAUAAAUCGAUUAGGAACCACAGUGUCCAACAAAGGAAGAACGAUUUGGCGAAAAAAUAAAUGGGUUAUAUAUGGUGUGGAAAGGAAGAAGAAAAAGAGAAGUUUGUACGGUCUCAACAAUUACAUAUACAUACACGGGUAAAAUGUGCUUAGACACAAAAUCAAAAGCUCACGAUAAAAAUCAAAUCCUAUAUUGUUAACUUUAAUCUGGUUGGUGAUAAUGAAGAAGCACAACGAAACGAUUGCGCAUUUCACAUUCCAAAAAAAGACAAAUCAUUUCACGUUUGCCUGUGUUCAUUUUAAUGAUCAACGUCUAGGACGAGAUUACUUCGCUGAUUUGUAUAUCUUUUAAUCAUUUUGAUAAUAAAGCCAAAGAUGCUUGCGGUUCGAUUGAUUAUAUUCUCAGUCAUAAGGCGAAUUCGAUAUUAAAGUUGAUAUACUUCAUAACUUACAGAUUACAGGAAAUUUAUUCGUGUCACUGGGUACGAUUUUAAAUUUUUAGAUCGAUCUAAAAUAUAGCUAAUAUUUUUAUAUAACGAAUUUUAUCGCGUGUAAAGAAUUGUUCGCAAUGUGUAAUUUUCACUUCUUUUAUAAUCAUUUUGGUACUAAUCGAGUGAUAUUUUAUCGAUGCGUAAAUUUAAACGGUGCUGACGCAGAAACAAUCCUUUUUGUAUUCUUAUUCGAUAUUAUGUGACACGUCAUGUGUUCUCGUGACAUGAAUUUUAUAAGUUACGCGUGACUUUAUGUAAACGUAUAAUUCGAUCGAAAUUUCGUAAUAGUAUGUAUUAUGAAGGAAAUACAAUAUUUGUUAUCUAUAGUGUAUCCUAUGUAUUCAAAUUUUUACUUUAACAAAGUUCGAUUUUGAUGUGGAUAUUAAUAUUCGAAAAUAAAACAGAAAAUUUUAUCUCAUAAUUUUUUAAUUUUGCUAAUUAAUUUAUUUUCUAAUUGUAACAAUAGUGGAAUUAAUAAAAAAUGUACAUUUGAAAUGUUGAGCUACAGUCGAGUUGAUUUGUAUUGAGCGCCAUUUAUAUUGAGCGCCACCUGUAUGGAGCGCCACUUGUACUGAGCCUUUCUCGCUAGUGCUCGCUUUUGCUACCUGUUUCUAUAUAAGCGAUUUCCAAACAAUAGUUUACUGAAGCGUUCCUUCGAGCUACACCGCGGAGCCACAAACGGAGUUCUUAGUAACUUUUCAUGCUCUGAGGAAAGUCCCUGGACCGUGGGCAGAAAGUGCCGUAGCGCUAUCUGCUGCUAGCCUCCUGUCGUCUUUCUCGUCUUAGGGAUAGGAAGCUUCGGCAGAUCCUUUCGAGUUAGGGCGGGAGUGUAUUGGUCAAAUAAAAGUAAUGUGUUAGAGACGAAAAUUCUAUAAUUCUAGAAUUAUAGAAUCCGUGUCCAACUAAACAGGGCUCAUAACGAAGGAAAGCUUCCUUUUUU